AUGGCCGACACCAAAUCUGACUUUGCUCCAACGGCCACUCGACGGGAUGCCGACGAGAACUCCAUCACGCCCGCUCCGCUUUCUUCUCAGCAUAUCGAUGGUCAUCAUGCUGACCAGGACCAAGAGGCUUCGCCUCCAUCAUGGGCAUUCGGCAAGAUGCGAACCUCCACGGCCAGCAGUUCAGUUGGCUCGGCACUAUACUCUAUAUGGGUGUCCUGUUCGGCGAAUACCCGACCAAUCUCCUUCUUCAGAAGCUUCCCGUGGCCAAGUACCUUUCCGUCAACAUCUUUUGCUGGGGGUGUCGUCAUUGCUUGCUCUGCUGCUGCGGAGGACUUCGGCUCACUGAUGGCGGUUCGAUUCUUACUUGGUAUUCAGAACAAGACCUACAAACGCCACCAAGUCAUUGAGGCUGUCUCUGACCCCGUCACUUGGUGCUACGUCCUGCUUCAGGUUACUUCGACUCUCAUUAUUGGUGGUCUUGGUGUCUUCUCCAACCUCAUCAUUAGUGGAUUUGGCUUCACCGUGUUUGAGACUCAGUUGCUCAACAUUGCCCAGGGUGCCAUCACCAUCAUUAUCAUGAUUUUUGCCGCUUUCACUGCGCAGCGCACUCAACAGACUGCAUUUACCAUGCAUGCUUGGUCGUUCCCCGCCAUCAUUGGCACGGCUGUCAUAUAUAGCAUUGUCCCAACGGCAUCGAACCGCGUCGGUCUUCUGAUUGCUUUCUACUGCACUCAGUUCUUCCUCGCUGAGGGCAAUUUGGUUUUCUCCCUCAUUUCGCGCAACGUCGCCGGCCAGACAAAGAAGUCUACCACACUCACCAUGUGCUUCGUCGGUUGGGCCGCUGGCAACAUGACUGCCCCCCAGAUAUUCCAGGCCUGGGACGCGCCCCGGUAUCGCACCGGUUUCACUGUCCACUUCUGCCUCUAUGCAAUCUUCAACGUCAUUCUCAUUGUCAUGCGUUUCCUACUCACCCGUCGCAACAUGGGUAAGCGUGCCGCCGUUGCCACCGCUGGUGAAGCCGAAACACUUCAGCAGGCUGGCGAGGAAAAGAUUACGCACAGCAACGCUUUCGCGGAUCUCACAGACCAGGAGAACCCUGACUUCCGCUAUGUUUUCUAG